GCAUUGGACAAUAAUUGCCAAUGCCUGUUACUAAAUUUGUUUAUUUGGCAUAUUGAAUCCAAGUAGGUACAAAUUUACCAUUUCUGUCCUUGUUUUGUUAUUAUCUCCAUAAAGUGAGGACCAUCUCACCACAAAGACGCCUCUAAAUCUGCAAAUAUAGUUAUAGGCUCUAUGCAUCUUGGCUUACAAUUGUAAAACCAUACUGCAUUGCGACAGUCGUCCGUUAAUUACGUUCGGUUCUCCCUCGGUAGUUGGGAGCUCAUACAAAUGGAAUAUUGACACAACUCUGCAAUUUACCGAUUGUACAAAAUGGGUAGCGACGCUCUAGGAAAGAUCUUUCCUGGGUACAAGGAUAAAAUAUGGAGCAAAUUGCCAACAAAGUGGAAGAAAUCGUUUAUCCACCGUUGGAAUAGGAAUCUGGUAUCAUCGGUUUACAACUCAAGUGUAUUAACAAAUUCACGCAUCAAGAGCUUCAACAAAUACGUUUUGGAGCCAUUACGUCCAAGCUAUUCAUAUAGAUCGCCAGCCAUAGAUUACAAAAAGCAACGCGCUCGUGGAACAUUAAUUGAGGGUGUUGAUUAUUACUUGCCUACGGUUCGAGCACAACAACGUCUGGCAAAUUUUUUCGAGCCCUAUACACAUGAGGAAAAUACUCAACGGUCAAAAUAUCGCUACCAGAGCUUAAAGGUUUAUGUUUGCGCAGCUCUGGGAGUUACAUUUGUACAUGGCUGGUUACAGAAGCGCCCAAUCGCCUGGUGUUCGGAUUUGGAUCCUCCAAAGGCCCCUUCUUAUCCUUUCUGGUUUAAACCUGCUUUGCAUGGACACGACAUUGGUAGCGUACGCAGAGGUUACGAAGUAUACCGUCAAGUUUGCGCAACUUGCCACUCUAUGAAAUACACAAAAUUCCGCCAUAUGGUCAAUGAAGUAUAUCCAGAGCAGCGUGUCAAGGAAAUUGCCGCUGAAUAUGAUGUUGUUGAUGGUCCAAACGACCAAGGAGAAAUGUACACUAGACCUGGUAUAUUAACGGAUGCAUUCCCAGAUCCCUACCCAAAUUCUGAGGCAGCUAGAUAUGCAAAUAAUGGUGCGAUUCCACCAGAUUUGUCUCUGAUGGCCGCCGCUAGGAAGACAGGUCCGGAUUACCUCUUUGCUCUUCUGACAGGCUACUGCGACCCUCCAGAGGGAAUUGAGCUUAGGUCUGGUUUGUAUUUUAACAGCUACUUCCCAGGUGGCUCGAUUGCCAUGCCUCCUCCACUAGAGGAUGGAAUGGUUGAGUAUGAGGAUGGAACGCCAGCCACUGUCUCUCAAAUGGCAAAGGACGUUGUUAACUUUUUGACAUGGGCUGCAGAUCCAAAACAUGAUGAACGUAAGAAUAUGAUGAUCAAGGCAAUUACGGGUGUUACUUUGUGUGCUUUCGCAAUGUCUCUAUGGUAUCGCUUCUUUUGGGCUUAUCUCGCUACCGGAAGGAUUGACUUUAGAAAAUUCAAGCAUGUCAAGUAA